UUCUAUUGUAGUGAUUGCAAACAGUUGAAAUGUGACUGAAGAAUUAACACUUUCUGGUGUGAACUGGUAGAAUGUGGUUCUGUCUGAACAAAAUGUUUCCAAGGAAUGUCUGCAAUGUUAAAGAAGUUUGACAGCCAAUCAACGUGUCCAUCGUUCAACAUGUAUGCCAAUCGAGCCUUCUACAUUGGCGACGAGGGGACGCAAGGAGAUUCAGAUGUUCCGCAAGCUCCUACUUCCCAGGAACCCAAUGAAUUCUCCAACAGAACCACACCUCCCCCUUUGAAGAGCACAGGUGAUCCCGGAUGGCUAAGUCAGCUAUUUGUGAACCAAUGUGGCUGCGGUAACACUCUGCUAGUGCGACUGCUAGGAGUGGUGAUACUGCUGAUGGUAGUCUGGCUGCUGCUGGUAGUCCUGGUCGGAAGGGAGGUGCUGCCAGGUGGUGGCCUGUUCAACCUGCUGGUGUUGGUACUACUGGCUCAGCUGGUAGGGGAGUUGGUAGAACUGCUGCAUCUUCCAGCCAUCCUAGGCAUGCUGAUCACCGGCAUCGCUAUGCGGACUGCCAACCUGUACAGUGUCAGCGGGGUGUACGUCAACAUCGUCAGUACCUUGAGGGAGAUCUCUCUUGGUGUUAUCCUGAUCAAGGCAGGUCUUGGUCUAGACCCUGUGGCUCUGCGCAAGCUGUCCUUCACAGUAAUAAGACUGGCCGUGUGUCCAGGGCUGGUUGAAGCUGUGACAGUCGCUAUCAUGACACAUCACUUCCUCGGCUACCCUUGGCUGUGGGGGUUUGCUCUCGGGUUUCUGAUGUGUGCCAUUUCCCCAGCUGUAGUGGUCCCCACACUACUCAAACUGAAGAAGGAAGGCUAUGGAGAGAGCAAAGGCAUCUCCACUCUAGUCAUUGCUGCAUCUAGCAUAGAUGACGUACUGGCAAUAUCCGUCUUCUCAAUCUGUCUCAGUAUUAUAUUCUCAACAGGAGAAAGCUUGGUGGGGCAGAUAUCUCAGGGUCCUCUGGAUGUUAUGGUUGGUCUGACAGUAGGAGCUGUCUGGGGUCUGACCUCUGCACUAACACCACUACUGGAGGAUGACUACCUGGUGUGGAAGCGAGUGGUGCUGAUCGGGUGUGGAGGUUUGAGUGCAGUCCUGGGAAGUUCCUUCGCUGGUUACCCAGGAGCUGGGCCUCUGGUGGCCAUCACCUCGGCCUUCGUAGCCUCCACAGUAUGGGCUCAGCAGGGGUGGGCAGCCGACAGUAACCCUGUGGAAAACAUCUUCUCUGGGAUAUGGCAAGUGAUGCAGCCUGUACUUUUUGCCCUGAUCGGAGCCGAGAUAGAUCUGACUCUGUUACAACCAGAAAUACUCACUUGGGGAUUGAUAGUAAUAGCUGCAGCUUUGGUGAUGCGAGUUUUCGCCUGUUCCUUGGUAUUGGUCGGAGGGAAACUCAACUUCAAGGAGGUGGUUUUUGUUAACCUAGCGUGGUUACCAAAGGCCACUGUCCAGGCAGCACUGGCUCCUCAAGCUUUGGACAUGGCUCGUAAGUCAGUGGACCCGUCUGCGGCCGACCUCCAGCGAGGGUCAGAGUUCCUCACCAUCGCAGUGUUGUCCAUCCUCAUCACAGCUCCCCUAGGAUCCAUCGGGGCCAGUGUGGCGGGGCCUCGGCUGCUGGCCAAGACAUCCGACACACAGACCCAGCAAAGGAACGAGGAGGACCAUCAUCUGUAAAGUGUUUCCCUAGCCUGUAAAUUAGGCGUUGUGAUUUUUGUAAAAUUAUUUUGUUGUGUUUUUGUGCUGGCUAACUUUUUUUAUCUUCUCCUAAACUAUACCACGUCACAUAUGCCCAACUGGUUAUUAAUGGUCCAAGUGUAAAAAAUAAUAAUGUUACAUCUUUUGAGAAAACAAGCUGUUCAAAUUUCCCGAAAUAUAUGGUACA